UGUGUUCUCUUGAAGUGCCUGGGGUGAGGAUAAACCUCUACAUUGGCCAAGCAGAAGAAACAGCUAAGAAGAAUUGCUCUGUUCCAGUUGUGUUUGUCCAUCAUCAAUCUUCUCAUUAGUCUUUAGUACAAGUCUGUAAGGAUCUGUGACCCAGGUGAAUCAGUCAGGAGGGGCUCUUCACAGCGCAAAGGGAAGCACUUUUCACACUGUUUUAGAAUGAGAAGUUGAAUUCAUGAACAUACAAGAUUUAGAAGACAUGGGCUGUGGUACUUCAUCUGCAACAAAAGACAAGAAAUCUGAGAAAGCACUAAAAGCCGCAUUGGUCAUACAGAACUGGUACCGAGGUUACAGAGCCCGAUUGAAGACCAGACAACGCUAUGCCCUCACCAUCUUCCAGUCCAUCGAAUACGCUGAUGAGCAAGGCCAGUUGCAGCUCUCCAACUUCUUCUCCUUCAUGUUGGAAAACUAUACACGUGUGCAGGAGAAAGAGCCAGGAUUAGUAACUCGCCUUUUUGGUAGCAGCAUCCAGGACAAGGAUAGACAAGACUAUUUGGGGUUGAUAGAAGUCCCAGACUCCUACUGUGGUCCUCGGCUGCAAUUUCCUCUCACUUUUACUGACAUUGAUUUACUUAUUGAGGCCUUCAAGCAACAACAGAUACUUCAUGCUUAUUAUGUCUUAGAGGUGCUGUUUGAAACCAAGAAAGUCCUGCAGCAAAUGCCGAAUUUCACUCAUACAAGCACAUCUCCAUCCAAAGAGAUAACAAUCUGUGGUGAUUUGCAUGGGAAGCUAGAUGACCUUUUUUUGAUCUUCUAUAAGAAUGGUCUCCCCUCAGUGAGCAACCCAUAUGUUUUUAAUGGUGAUUUUGUAGAUCGAGGAAAAAAUUCCAUGGAGAUCCUAAUGAUCCUGUUUGUGAGUUUUCUUGUGUACCCAAAUGACCUGCACUUGAACAGAGGCAACCAUGAGGAUUUUAUGAUGAAUAUGAGGUAUGGCUUCACGAAAGAAAUUUUACAUAAAUAUAAGCUGCACGGAAAAAAAAUCUUACAAAUCUUGGAAGAGGUUUAUACCUGGCUCCCAAUUGGUACAAUCAUUGACAAUGAAGUCCUGGUCAUACAUGGAGGGAUAUCAGAGUCCACAGACUUGAAUUUACUCCACCGUUUAGAAAGAAACAAAAUGAGAUCUGUGCUGAUGCCACCAAUUCCAAUGGAUGGAGACCGUGCUGAGAAGAAAAAUAAACUGGGUACAACCAUUGUGGCUCAGGGAAUCAGAACAAGUGGAUCCUUUUCUGAACAAUUAACAAAGCAGGAAUGGGAGCAGGUUGUCGAUAUCCUUUGGAGUGAUCCCAGAGGCAAAAGAGGCUGCUACCCAAACACGAACCGAGGAGGGGGCUGCUACUUUGGACCAGACAUUACCGCCAAGAUUCUUAAUAAAUACCAGUUGAAGAUGCUUGUUAGAUCUCAUGAAUGUAAGCCUGAAGGGUAUGAAAUCUGCCACGAUGGGAAGGUUAUUACUGUAUUUUCUGCGUCUAAUUAUUACGAAGAAGGUAGCAAUCGAGGAGCUUACAUCAGAAUGAGUUCUGGUACGACCCCCCGAUUUUUCCAGUACCAAAUAACUAGGGCAACGUGCUUCAGGCCUCUUUACCAAAGGGUAAAUGCUAUUGAAAGUAGUGCCAUCAGGAUGUUAAAAGAGAGAAUGAUUUCACGAAAAACUGACCUCACUCGAGCUUUCCAACUUCAAGACCGCAAUAAAUCAGGAAAACUUUCUAUGGGCCAGUGGGCUUUUUCAAUGGAGAAUGUUUUGGGACUGAACUUACCAUGGAGAUCACUGAGUUCUCAUCUUGUAACCACAGACAAAGAUGGAAAUAUUGACUACAUGUCUGGCUUCCAGGAUGUCCACAUUCAGAAACCUGUGAAAGAGGUUCAGUCUACUCUAAUUGAAACAGUGUACAGAUACCGAUCUGACCUGCAAAUCAUCUUUAAUAUCAUUGACUCUGAUCACUCAGGCCUGAUCUCCAUGGAAGAAUUUCGUAGCAUGUGGAAACUUUUCAAAAGUCACUACAGUGUCCAUGUUGAUGAUUCCCAGUUUGAUGAGCUCGCUGAAAGGAUGGACUUAAACAAAGAUGGAAGCAUUGACUUUAAUGAGUUUUUAAAGGCUUUCUAUGUAGUGCAUAAAUUUGACAAGUUGAACAAAUCAGACAACAAGCUUGCAUAACAAGAAUUAGGGCUUUCCCUCCUUGAAAUAGUUGGCCCAAAUCUCUGACACAGUCCUUACCAUGACCCUUGAAAUCCAUACUCAUCAGUAGAGAGAAGUAGACCCCAAUUUAUGCCAUAAGCAGAUGUAUAAUGUGGGUAUUAUAAGUCCCUAAUAAGUUGUUAUUGGUAAGACUAGGCUAAAUGUCAGCUUGUAGAAUUUGACUCCAGUAGUGGGAGUCCCACAUUGUCAGGUAGAAACUGAAUUUGAGCCUAAUGUUGGUCUCUUGGAUGCUACCUAACCAGGAGACCUGAGCAGUUUGGAAACAUUGAAAAGAACCCACAGAACACCAGAGAAAGUACAGCAUCUGUGAGUGGCUGAGGGAUGGGAGGAGGAAUACCAAACUGUUAAUGGAAUAAAGUGUUUCCAUCUUUAAA